GGGCGGUCAGAUAUGGAGGAGGAAAAAGAUGAGGAGGGAAGAAGAAGAAGAAAGGAGGAGAAGGAGGGAAGAAGAAGACGAAAGGAGGAGGAGGGAGAAGAAGAGAAGGGAAGGCGGAGGAGAGGAGGAGGAGAAAAAAGAUGGAGACUUGAAAAACGAAACAGACAAAGGAGGAGGACGACGAUUAGAGGAGAACAAGGAGGAGGAAGAGUAGGAGGAGGAGGAGGAAGAAGAGGAAGAUCAAGAAAGGAGGAAGAAGAAGAUGAUGAAAAGAGGAGGAGGAGGAGGAGGAGAGAAUAACAAAGGGGGAGGAGGAGGAGAGAAGGACAAGACGAAAGGAGGAGGAAGAGGAGGAGGAGAGAAGAAGAAGAAGACGAGAGGAGGAGGAGGAGACAAGGACAUGAUGAAAGGAGGAGGAGGAGGAGGAGAGAAGAAAAAGGAGGACAAGACGAAAGGAGGAGGAGGAGGAGAGAAGACAAAGAAGACGAGAGGAGGAGGAGGAAGAGGACAGAAGGAGAAGACGAAAGUAGGUGGAGGAGGAGGAGAGAAGAAGAAGACGAGAGGAGGAGGAAUAGAAGAGAAGAAAAAGAACACAUCAAAUCGGGAGGAGGAGGAGGAGAAAGGAGGAGGAGAGAAGAAGAUGAAAGGAGGAGGAGGAGGAGGAGGAAAGAAGGAGACUAAAGGAGGAGGAGGAAGAGGAGGAGAGAAGAAGACGAAAAGAGGAGCUGGAGGAGAGAAGAAGACGAAUGGAGGAGGAGAGGACGAGAGAAGGAAGAGGAGGAGGAGAAUAAGGCAGGAGGAGGAGGAGGAGGACCUGCCGACAGUGUAUGGUGAUGAAGAAAAAACAAGAGGACGAUGGAGGACGUGGAGGAGGAGAGAAGGAGAACACAAAAGUGAAGGAGGAGGAGGAGGAGGAAGAGGAGGGGGAGGAGGAGAGAAGGACAAGAUGAAAGGAGAAGGAAAGAAGACAAAGAAGAGGUGACGAGGAGGGGGAGGAGGGCCUGCUGGAUUUCGAUGGCGAUGAUCAAAAAAAAAAAAAAAAAAAGAGGAUAACGAAGGAGGAGGAGGAGGAGGAGGAGGAGAAAGGAGGAGGAGGAGGAGGAGAGGAGAAGAAGAAGCCGAAAGGAGGAGGGGGGCAAGAAGAAGAAGAAAAGGAAGGAGGAGGUGGAGGCGGCUUCACCCCGAUGGCGCUAGCAGAUUCACGGACAGCAACGACGUGGAUUGGUUCUUGACGGGGCAGCUCAACUUGGAGCGACAAUGACAGCUCGACGAAGAGCAGCAGCGACGACGGCAGGCUUGGAGACGGCAGGGACAACGGCAGGCUUGGAGACGGCAGCUACGACGGGCGGGCUUCAUGACGGCAGCUUCGCAGUGGACAAUACCACGUUCGAAUUCGAACGCAGCGUGGUAGGCCAGCAUGGGGGGAAACGAGGUCGUUUCUUGUGGCUGAUCACAGGCGCCGGUCUUCGCAGGUCGGGUGCUGAGAUCAGUCGCCGAAGAAGCCCUUCCCCCGGCCUCACUUGGGCCUGAGUUCGAAACAAAAUGUAUUGAAGUGU